GGGCGUGGCUUUACGUCCUCGCGGUACGGCCUGCCUUCCUCAAGCCUUAGUCGAUUCCUGUUCUGUUGAUUUGUAGUGUACCAAAAAAGUGAAAGUUUUAAAAGUUUGUGUCCUGCUAAAGUCCGAUAUAUUUUCGCUGCGGCUGUUUGUGGGUCGGCCAGUGCAAAGUGCUGCAAUUCACAUUUGAGCCCUUUUCCUUUGUGAGGGUCGAUAUGGGUAAGAAGCAGGGGGGCAAAUCAAAGAAGGAAGUUCAGGAGGUGGAGGAGUAUGUGGUGGAGAAGGUGAUUGACCAGCGAGUGGUCAAUGGGAAAGUGGAGUUUUUCCUCAAGUGGAAAGGCUUCACAGAUGCUGACAACACUUGGGAGCCUGAAGAGAAUUUGGGCUGCCCUGAACUAAUUGCUGCAUUCCUGGAGUCUCAGAAAGGAGUGGUGGAGAAACCAGAAGCUGUAAAAAGAAAAUCCUCCACUGAUGAACCAGAAACGGAAGAGAGCAGUGCAAAGAGAAAGAAAGAAAUGUCUGACAAGCCAAGAGGCUUUGCAAGAAGCCUUGAGCCAGAGAGGAUCAUAGGGGCGACUGAUAGCAGUGGAGAGCUCAUGUUCCUCAUGAAGUGGAAGGACUCUGAUGAGGCCGAUCUGGUACCUGCAAAAGAGGCCAACACCCGUUGCCCACAGAUAGUCAUUGCUUUUUAUGAGGAAAGACUAACUUGGCAUUCCUGUCCUGAGGAUGAGCAACAAUAAUGGCCCCACAUUUCAUUGAUUUGUGCUUUAGUGUGUUCCAUGUGUACAGUGUUGGAAUAAGUUAUGAUAGCCUGACGGUGGAGGACUUUUUUUUUUUUUUUUUUAGUGUAUUGAGGUUUGGCUGGAAGCUACAAGCAUGACUGUAGUGAUCUAAUGAAAGUAUGUACAAAUGAGAUGAGUGAAUUUUUAAAAGUUACAAUAUAGGAUGCUUUAUAGGAAAAUGCCACUGUUUUUCCAUAUUCCACUGCUCUUCACUCACCUUAGAUGAGUUGAUGCAUACCUCUCUCAUCUCAGUGCAUGCACUCAAUCGCUGUAGCGCAUGGCACCACUAUGCUAGCGUUUAGCUUAGCACCAUUCAUUCCUUACGAUCCAAACAGGGAUGAAUUUGGAAGCCACCAAACACUUCCAGGUUUUCCCUAUCUAAAGACGGUUACAUGAGUAAUUACACGAGAUAGUAUGGUUACACAAAACGUGGAGAUUUUUUUUUAAGCAGAUAAAAAGUUAUAACUAAUGUAUGACAGAAGAGCACUUCGACCUCUGCGCAGUAAUAUCAUCACUCCUGAAAACUCGUCACAUUGGUUGUAUUGAUGAAAGUGAGAGGGGGAGUUUUAACCAAUGAUGUUACUGCUCCGAGGUCGAAGUACUCUUCCGUCAUACAUUAGUUAUAAUUUUUAUCUACUUAGAAAAUCACCACGUUUUAUUUGGUCACCAACACUUACUUGUGUAACUAUUCAUGUAUCAUUCUUUAAAUAGAGAAAACAUGGAAGUGUUUGGUGGCUUCUAAAUUCAUCCCUGUUUGGAUUGUAAGGAAUGAAUGGUGCUAAGCUAAACCCUAGUAUAGUGUUGCCGCCUGCUGCACUACUUUCUACUGUACUGAAACAGGAGAGUUACGCAUCAACUCAUCUAAGUUGAGAGAAGAAAUAGUGUAAUAUGGAAAAGUGUUGGCAUUUUCCUCUUAAUGUUCAUUUGAACUGUGACAGCAGUGCUGUUCAUUAAUACAUUGGCUUGUGUUUUUCUUCUACUCAUCUUGUCAUUCAGAGAGAUCCAAAACUUGCAUUCUGGUCAUGUUCAUGGUUUCUUUUGGUGGGCAAUGCUGUCAUUACCGUAGUAGUUUUUCUUUUAAUUCUUACUGUUUACCUGAAUAUUGGAAUUGUCUGUUUAUGUAAAUGUCUGUGUAAAUAUUUUUUAGUUCAAUAAAGGGUUAUAUGCCUGCUUUUAAUCUGCUUGCAGAUUGCUCUGCCUAAAUAUCCAAAGCAGAUGUUUUGUCUGAUA